AUGAUAGGACAAGCAAUAAUGCAUACAUCAGUACCUUUACUGAAAUUCGACAAUCAAGGUGAUGUUGCUAUAAUUCAACCAAAAGAAAAUAAAUCUUAUUGGCAUUGUCUAUGUCAAUUUACAAGACAUCUAUUACAUCAAAUCAGUUUAAUAGGUCUUGUUAUUGUGUAUCUUAUAUGUGGUGGCUUGCUGUUUACAUUUAUUGAAUCGGAAUAUGAUUUAGAAAAAGAUGCUGAACGAGAAAAAUUAAUCCGUGAAACAUAUCUUCAUAUACGUAUAUUAGCUAUUAAUUUAUUAAAUGAACAAUUAAAUGAAAACUUUGAAACUGCUUAUCAACAAUGGCGAUGGGACAAAGAUAAAUCGUCGAAUUAUAUUUAUUUAAAUGAACAACGAGUCAAUAUGUUGGAUAAUCAAACUGCAUUUGAAUUAGAAAAUCUAUCGAUGGGUUUAGCUUUGCAACAAGCUGCCGGAGAAAAAUUUGUCUAUAAAUGGACGUAUCCAACAGCAAUAUUAUAUGCAGCAACAUUAGUAACAACGAUUGGCUAUGGAAAUAUCUCACCUAAAACAAUAUGUGGAAAAUUUUCUACAGUUAUUUAUGCUUUAAUGGGUGUUCUGUUGGUUGUUUCAUGGUUAGAAUUAGUAGGAGAAUCCUUAGCCGUGUCAGUAGCACAUUAUUAUCAACGUUUAAAUCGAUUUGUUCGACGAUAUUUAAAAGGAAAAACGAAGCCACUGCAAGAUAAAAUUUAUCAACAUGAAAAUGUGCCUUUCUGGGUACCAGUAACUCUUUUAAUUGUUUAUCUUCUUGCUGGCUCUCUUCUUUUUGCGGCAUGGGAAGGAUGGUCAUAUAUUGAUAGCGCUUAUUUUUCAUUUAUUACAUUUACUACAAUUGGAUUUGGUGAUUUCGUUCCAGGUGAAACGACCAUUAGUCAUCGAAGCGGACGAUCAUUGAUCUGCGCUUUUUAUCUAUUAUUUGGCGUUAUGCUCACGGCAUUGAGUUUUAAAUUAAUACAAGAAGACAUUGAUCGGAUAAAAGCAAAGCUUCUUCAACGUCUUGGUAUUAAACAAAUAGAUUGCUCAACGAUAAAGCAAUGA